GGCUACGAGAGCUCAUUGGUGGCCGUGGGCUAAGGGGCGGGAAGAGGGUGCACGCCAGGGGUGGGGAGCUGGGCUUCCUCCUGUCCACAAGCCAGGGUGGAAGGGAAGGGCGAGGUACCUGGGGAGGAGAAGGACCAAGUCGAGGUGUGUGACUUCUGGUGGCUUCGAGCAGAGACUGGACGCGAGCGGCAGCCCUGGGCAGGCAGGCGUGGGAGCCUGCGGGCGCCGGAUGCUUAUUUUAUGAAAUAGUGCCAUAGACUGAAACACGUAAACAUGAGGAUGGCAGGUGCUGUAAAGUUGGUGGUUGCUGUAGCAGUAUUUCUACUGACAUUUUAUGUCAUAUCUCAAGUAUUUGAAAUAAAGCUAGAUUCAAAUUUAGGAAAUUUAUUUGCAAGGUCAGCACUACAGAUAGCUUAUACAAAACCUCCCAGAUAUAAAUGUGGGAUUUCAAAAGCUUGUCCAGAAAAACAUUUUGCCUUCAAAAUGGCAAGUGGAGCAGCUAAUGUUGUUGGCCCCAAAAUUUGUGUAGAAGACAACAUUUUAAUGAGUGGUGUAAAGAAUAAUGUUGGAAGAGGAAUCAAUGUUGCAUUGGUAAAUGGAAAAACAGGAGAAGCAUUACGCACUGAAUACUUUGAUAUGUGGGGAGGAGAUGUGGCACCUUUUAUUGAAUUCCUUAAGUCUAUUCAAGAUGGAACCAUAGUUUUAAUGGGAACAUAUGAUGAUGGAGCAACCAAACUCACAAAUGAGGCAAGAUUACUGAUUGCUGCCAUGGGAAGUACAGCUAUCAUCAACCUUGAUUUUAGAGACAACUGGGUCUUCUGUGGUGGAAAAGGUAUCAAGACAAAAAGCCCCUUUGAACAGCACAUAAAGAACAACAAGGAUACAAACAAAUAUGAAGGAUGGCCAGAAGUUGUAGAAAUGGAAGGAUGUAUCCCCCAAAAGCAAGACUGAAGAAUAUGAAGACUAUUAGAGAAAAUUAUCUUUAUGCUAUUGAUGGGAGUGCUAUGAAGGAGAUACUACUAUGUAUAUAUUUUGAGAGUAUACGUCCAUCUUGUCAGUUAUGCAUGAGUAUCAACUCUUCCAAAAUCAGGAUUAUUUAUUGCUAACCUAAAGAAUAAACUUUGUAAAUAGGCCCACCGUAAUGAAACUUUUCUAAGCUAUUGUCUCUCUAAAAAGCACAGUAUUUAGAUUGCGUUAUGAUAAACAGCAUCUUUAUGAUUUAGAAAUGUCUUUUUAAGCACAGAUUGUGAAGAAAUUACGAAGACUGUUAUACUAUUGUUUUCUAGAUACAGUUACUAUAAGAAUGUGGCCAUUGUGAAAAAUAAAAGUUUUGUUGGGGUGGGUGGGGGAGCUAAAAUUUUUUUUUAAUAUACUGCCCUUUUGAAGGCAGUAAUCAGUCUUUAAUAAAGAAGUAUUUGACUAGUUGUAUAUAUGCUGGAAUUUUGCUUUGCUGUCUAAUACCCAAUACCCUUCCUACUCUACCUCACUUCUUUCCCUACCGAAUUUCCGCAUCUUCCCACCUCCCACAGAGACUUCUGGCCAAUAAAUUUUUAAAAUAUAGAAUUAAAAUGUUUGAUAUAGAAAUUUAGAUCAGGUCUGCAAAAAAAGCACAAAAAUCUUUUUUGUAUAAAAAAGUGAUCAAAGAAAUGUAUAAAUGUAUAUGAUUUGAAAUGUAGCGUGAAAUAAUUUGUAUUUAUGAUGCAAGGAAGUUAACUUUGUAGUAGCCAUUUAAAGAAUGACCCUGAUAUAGUUUAGCAGUGUGGUCAUAGAAAUAAACAGAUUUUUAAAAUUAUUAUUUUUGUAUAUAUUUCUCUGAUCAUCAUUCACUCUUAUUUAAUGAAAUUCUGCAUUUUUAAUAGUAUUCUGAAUGCUCAUAUCUGCAAAAAUGAAAUGCCCUCCCUGAUUUGUCAGUUUUGAUUUCUUUUAGUAAAAUGGUCAGUGAAAGAGUGGGUGCGUUGAGAGCUUUCCAGAAAAAACACAUAUGCCAGGGAAGGUUCUGUGCAUUCAGUCAUUUAUGCACCUCUGCAGUCAGUAGUACUUUGUCUAAAGCUGUUAAGACAUUUGACAGGGCUAAUGCAUUUUCAGAACUUUAAGUGUAUAGCUCUAAAUACACAAUAAUACUCUAGUUUUUGCAGAAAUAUUUAAAUUAGGCCAAAUGAAGAUAAUUUUAUAUUCAGUUUUACGUAGAAAUAUAAGAGAAAUCCAAGUUUUUGUUUAACAUCUUCAUCUGUUCACUGAGUUUGAGUUUUUUUAAUUGACAUCAGCUACAGGCUACAUAUGUGGUGUGAAUGGCAUAGUCUUGGAGUUAAUCAUUAGCACAAGUUAAUGUUUUACAUGGUACAUGUAGUGCAGAAACAACACUUGAAAAAUUAUCAGACUUUUAAUAAUUUGUACUGAUAAACUAGAUUUUGUAAUUUACUUUGUACUUCAAAAAUCUUCCUCAGAAACAGCAGUAAAUCAAAAUGGAAACUCUAAAUUUUUAUUGAAAGUUAAAUAGCUUGUACCUAAGCUGGAUAUAAAACAAGAGAAAAAUGCACCUUAUGCUUUUACACAAUUAAAAUAACUAGUUUUGGAUAGUUAAAACCACCUGCAUACACAUACACACGCACACGCACGCAAAACCACCUGCGCACACGCACACAUACACCAGUUCCCUCACUUCUGUAAAUUGAAAGUACAGUGGCAAAUUUUCCAGCAUCAGGGAUUCUAAAGCAUCAAAUUUCUUUCAGAUAAUGAUUAUUAAAUACUCUUGGUUUUCUAGUAUGGACAUUUCUUGUAUUGUCUGAUAAACUUGUUAGAAUUGCAGAUGUAAUAUUUGCCAGAUAUUUACUGGAAUAUUUAUCUUGCAGGUUUUAAGUCAUACCUGUGUAUCUAUGCCAUUAUCCUAUGGAUUUUUGCCUUAGCAUUGUAUAUAAAAAUUUAGAAAUUCAAACAACGAUGUGAUAUUACUUUUGAUGUAAAGGCUAUGAAAUAGUAGCUUUGAAAAUAUGAAGUUAAAAAGGAAAAAAUAAGGAGUUAGUUUGUAACUUGCUGAGGUUUUUUUGGUGUGAAUAUACUCUGUGAUUUGUGCCAACUCUGAACUUUGGAAGCAAUAAUUUUACCACUACCUUCAUUCUCAGGUUUUUUUUAUUUUAAUCAUCUCAUUGUAAGUGAAGUUAUGUUUAUUUAGUUUUAAUGCGGUUUGAAUUUUCUUUAUUAAAGCCACAAGUUAAGCAUCUGUA